CUUUCACUGAUGGAAAAAAAAUAAAAAAGAAAAGAAAAGGAAUGGACACGUGUCUCAUAACUGUACACUAUGCAAACCACAAAAGCGGGGUUUCCUUUUUUUGAGUCAAAAUCUUGAAUUUUGAGAGAUUGAAAGAUUAUCAAUCAAGAAACCGCCAUUGAAAUUUAUUUAUCUGCAGCGGAAUCACUCUCUGCAUGAUCUGUUAGAACCUUCCAAUUUACACCCUCUGCAUCAGCAGGUGUACAUAUGUGUAUAGAUUACUGCCUCUGUGUACAGUCGGUGUGAAGAUUUGUCGUCAGCUGUGAUUUUCUUUUGAAAAGCUUAGUCACAGUGAUCCGAUUAUUUGUUUGUUCGGUUGAUUGGUUGAGAAAUGGCGCCUCCAUCGUCGUUUGAGGAUUUUGGAAUACAAACCCUAACCCUAACCCUAAUCCCAGGCCUCCCGAAUGAUUUAGGAGCAUUGAUUCUGGCAUUUGUUCCGUACUCUCAUCACUCCCGCCUCAAAUCCACCUGCAGAUCAUGGAGACGUUUCUUCUCCUCGAAGGCCCUGAUUUCUCUUCGCCAGAAUUACGUUGUCGCGCCGCAACUGCUGUGUAUUUUCCCCCAAGACCCUUCAAUUUCGUCGCCGUAUUUGUUUGACCCCAAAAAUUUAUCGUGGUGCCCCCUUCCACCCAUGCCCUGCAACCCCCAUGUUUAUGGGCUCUCUAAUUUUAUCUCUGUUUCAGUAGGCCCCCACCUUUAUGUUCUUGGUGGGUCCCUGUUCGAUACCCGGUCGUUUCCGCUUGAUCGCCCCUCUCCCUCUUCCUCUGCAUUUCGUUUUGAUUUUGCUACUUUCUCUUGGGAAUCAUUGUCUCCCAUGAUCACCCCACGUGGCAGUUUUGCAUGCGCUGCGGUGCCCGGAUGCGGGAAGAUUGUGGUGGCAGGUGGCGGGUCCCGGCACACGAUGUUUGGUGCCGCGGGAAGUAGGAUGAGCUCCGUGGAGAUGUAUGAUAUAGUGAAGGAUGAGUGGGUGGCGUUGGAUGGCUUGCCUAGGUUUCGAGCUGGGUGCGUUGGGUUCUUUCUUGGAAGGGAGUUUUGGGUUAUGGGGGGUUAUGGGGAGUCGAGGACUGUGUCAGGCGUUUUUCCCGUGGAUGAAUAUUAUAGGGAUGCAGUGGUGAUGGAAUUGAAAAAUGGGGGCAGAUGGAGGGAGCUUGGAGAUAUGUGGGAGGAAGGGGAGAGGAGGAGGCUGGGGAAAAUUGUUGUGGUUGAUGAUGGCAGCUGGGAUAGUCCUGGGAUAUUCAUGCUGGACAGGGGUGAAAUAUUCAGGUAUGAUAUGACCUCGAAUCGUUGGGCAAAGGAGAGUUGUGUGCCAAGAAAGGCCUCUGAUGAUGCAUCAGUUGGGUUUGUUGCUUUAGACGGGGAGCUGCACUUACUCACCCUUCUAAGUGUGAACGACUCAGCAGAUGGCCGACGAUCACGUCAACAUAAGAGGCCAACAACACUGCUGGUACAGAUAUAUCAUCCUAGGAAGAGAACAUGGAGGUCACUUAUUGCAAAGCCACCUUUUCAUCAGCCCUUAGAUUUCAGAACAGCAGUAAUGUGCACCAUUCGACUGUAGAUCCAUAUUACUUGAUGUAUCUACUGCAUAUCUUUGUAUAGUGCCCCUAUGAUGAUAUACUAUAAAUAUGAUUAUGUACAGUUUUACAGGAUUGUUGGUUCUUAGAAGAAUAUUAUUCGCGGCAGUGUGUAGUUUGGUGUAUAGAAGUAAUUGUAAAUUGGAUAGUUGUGAUUUUUAUGGAUCGGUAGUCAUGGUUAUUUC